UAUAAAACGAAUUAUUACCGUAUUUUUCUGGAAGAAAUGUGUUCACAAUAUAGCUAUUAACUACAUUUUGCUCUCCUGUCUGUAUAAUUAUCACCAUCUUUUAAUUAAGUGAUGCCUUCCGAAACUGACUCAACUAUUCACUACUUGUUUGUUGACGUUUCACGAAAAAUGUACAUGGCAGGGACGUUAUGGAAAUGGACAAAUUAUUUUAGUGGUUGGCAGGAAAGGUGGUUUGUAUUGGACAAUGGAAUUCUUUCAUACUACAAGUCACAAGAUGAUGUUAACUCAGGGUGUAAGGGUUCCGUUAAGAUGUCAGUUUGUGAUAUUUCAGUCCAUGCAUCAGACAAUACAAGGCUGGACCUGAUCAUACCUGGUGAACAACAUUUCUAUGUGAAGGCCCCUAAUGCACAGGAAAGACAAGAGUGGCUGGUAGCCCUGGGAAGUUCAAAAGCAACAAAGGGCAAACUGAAUGAAGAUCCAGAACUUGUAACACAAGAUCUGCUGAAAACAAAACGUUCAGAACUACGGCUGUACUGUGAUUUACUUGUGCAACAAAUUCACUCUGUCAAAAUGGCGGCAACACAAAAAGAUGGUCCAGAUAUAGAGAAAUUAGACCAAACAACGUCCUUGAUAAGUCCAACAUGCGACACGUUUAUUCGCACUAUGGAGGAGUGCAUGCAGCUGAUCCAAUCGUCAUUACCGUACGAAGGAACCCGUUCUCCGAAUACUCCGAUAACAGAUGCUGCACUCCCUCCUUCUCCUUUAAAAUUGCCAAAUAAAAAGAACAGACAUUUUCACAGACAGAAUUCCAGUGAUAGAACUUCAGUCCAUAGUCAUUCUAGAUCUCCAUCCACAUCGAGUGUCGACGCUACUCCACCUACCCGACAAAACUCCAGAAAUCGGACAGAAUCAGAUGCAUCACUUUCUGAUGUCACAGCAAAAGAUCAUAAUUUGGUGGAAAAUAUACCAAACAGUGCAUUAAAUAGUCAAAAUGCAGGAAGAACUUUGAGUCAAGGCUUGGACAGAGAGGGCAUAGUGCAAUCAAAUUCGACUGGUUUUAUACCAUCUAUCCAUAAACUUCAUAACAUAAGUGAAAUUGGUGCAAUGAAUCCUGGUGCAAAUUUAAACAACAGUGCAGUAACCAGUCAUACUGGGCUAAAAAUAGAACUGACUGGUUCAGUGUCAAGGAGAAACAAUUCAGAGACUGGUUAUCAUUCAAAUGAUGAGGUAUCAAGUGAAGGAGAUGUGUUUUUAGAUCCAGUGGAACCAAGGGUGCCCACCUUUUUUACAGUGAUGGGAACAAGUUUUAUGGAUCUAAAGAUAGCAGAUGAUGCUGGUAUACCAGUGGAACCUUUCCUCGACUCAUGUAAAAACAUGCUGCCUAUUUUUGAUAAAUUGAAUUCCACUGCAUUCGCUCCAGUGAAAAUGGAUUUCCAAGGAAAUAUUAGAAAAGUGCGCACUAAGUAUUCGGUCCAUCCAGAGGAGUUUACGACUUUACAAAGCAUAAUACAUCAUGAGAUUAGUAAAAAGCAGCAACAUCUGGCUUCCUCAGCAACCAUGGCCUUGCUUUGGAUGAAAAGAAGUUUAGAAUUUAUUGCUGGAUUUCUGGCAGAAAUUAAGAAAGGGGAGGAGAAUUUAGGUGUAGCAGCAUCAAAUGCAUAUGCUGCAUCGUUAAAACCUUUCCACGGCUGGGUAGUGAGGGGAGUUUUUGCGGUAGCUGUAAAAGCUCUACCAUACCGUAGCACAUUCCUGUCACUACUGAAUCCUAAUGAGGGGGAUGUUGAUGAGCAGGCCUAUAUAUCCAGCCUUAUGACUGACAUCGAUGCAUUCUGCUGUGCAUCGGAUGUUGUUGUGAAAAUUCUAGAUGACUUUUUCACUGCAAAUAAUAUAAAUAUAGAUGAACAAAUUUAAUAUAUUUAUACAUGUUGUGAAGCAACGUUUUAUUACAAAUGUUUAAUUACAUUUAUGGGCCUUAAGCAUAUUGCUAUAUUUCUAGGUGUAUUGUUUGUUAAUAGGCAAAACUGUCAAGGUUUGAAACCAAAUUUUGACCACACUCUAAGCAUGGUUCAGGAAAGAUAACUUUUGUUUAAGUUUUGUAGUAAAUUGGGCAUAGCCAAAAUAUUUAUGAUUGGAAUCGAACAAAGUUUUCUUGUUAGUUUUAUUUUAAAACUAAGACCCUAAAUUGCCAGUAUUUCAAACCGAGACGUAAUACUUGGAACAAAAAUACUGUCAAAAUCCUUUCCAGGUUGGCUAUUUGAAAACACAACUUUCUAAGAUAAGGAAGUGUAUUAAGGCAAUCUUUUAGUCUGUGACAUGUGUACAUUUUUGAAAAUGGUAUGUACAAAAAAAAAAUAAUUCUGAAUUCUAAAAGUGCCUGUCAAACUGGCCUAUAAGUCGCCUCACAUAAAAUAUUAACAAUGAAUCCCAGAUAUACAUGAUAAAAGAAUAUUAUAAUGAACAAAAUAUUUUUCAUUAAAAGUGCUUUAACUUAAUAAGUUAUUUCUGUGUUGUGCAAAACCAAAAUUUAGAACCAGAAAAUUGAAAAAUCAUUCUGAAAUUCUUUUGCAAGUUAGCAAAGUCUUGUCCCUAAUGGUCUAAUCUAAGUAUGGUCUUAUCACAGUUAACUCAUUGUAUAUGAAUAUGAGACUCUUUGCUAGUUUAAGUUGUAGAUUGAAAUAUCUGGCUUGAGGGAAAAUAGGUGGUAACCAUGCCCUGCAGCAUUGUGGCAGAACAGUUACUUGAGAGCCCGAUAUUUUCAUCCACACCUACAAUCAGAGAUAGAUUCUUUCUUUUUUUUUGCAUGCCACACUAUCUUUAUUUUUUUUUUAUUUAUUUUUUUUUUUAGCUCACCUGAGCACAAAGUGCUCAAGGUGAACAUUUGUGAUCGCCCUGUGUCCGUCAUCAACAAUUUGACUGUUAACACUCUAGAGGUCACAAUUUUGGCCUAAUCUUACUAAUCUUAAUGAAACUUGGUCAGAAUGUUACCCUCAAUAAAAUCUUGGACGAGUUCGAUAUUGGGUCAUCUGGGUUCAAAAACUAGGUCACCAGGUCAAAUCAAAGGAAGAGCUUGUUAACACUCUAGAGGUCACAAUUUUGGCCCAAUCUUAAUGAAACUUGGUCAGAAUGUUACCCUCAAUAAAAUCUUGGACGAGAUCAAUAUUGGGUCAUCUGGUAUCAAAAACUAGGUCACCAGGUCAAAUCAAAGGAAAAGCUUGUUAACACUCUAGAGGUCACAAUUUUGGCCCAAUCUUAAUGAAACUUGGUCAGAAUGUUACCCUCAAUAAAAUCUUGGACGAAUCCAAUAUUUUUUAAUCUGGGAUCAAAAGCUAGGUCACCAGGUCAAAUCAAAGGAAAAACUUGUUAACACUAUAGAGGCCACAUUUAUGACUGUAUCUUCAUGAAACUUGGUCAAAAUGUUAAUCAUGAUGAUCUCGAGGUCAGUUUAGAAUCUGGGUCAUGUAGGGUCAAAAACUAGGUCACCAGGUCAAAUUGAAGGAAAAGCUAGUUAACACUCUAGAGGCCACAUUUAUGACCAUAUCUUAAUGAAACUUGGUCAGAAUGUUAAUCUUGAUGAUCUGUAGGUCAAGUUCAGAUUUGGGUCAGGUGGGGUCAAAAACUAGGUCACUGGGUCAAAUCAAAGGAAAAGCUUGUUAACACUCUAGAGGCCACAUUUAUGACCAUAUCUUAAUGAAACUAUCUUGAUGAUCUUAAGGUCAAUAGGUCAGGUGAGCGAUACAGGGCCUUUAUGGCCCUCUUGUUUUGGUUUAACGUUGCACCAACACAAUUAUAGGUCAUAUGGCAACUUUCCGGCUUUUGAUGGUGAAGGAAGACCCCAGGUGCCCCUCUGUGCAUUAUUUCAUCACGAGUGAGCACCGGGGUAGAACCAUCGACCUUCCGUAAGCCAGCUGGAUGGUUCCUCACAUGAAGAAUUCAACGCCCGGAGUGAGGCUCAAACGCACAUCAAUGAGGGGCGAAUGAUUUGAAGUCAGUGACUUUAACCACUCGGCCACGGAGGCCCCUCUAUCUUUAUUGUAGUAGCAUAUGAAUUUACACAUCCAUUCCUUAACUGCAGCAUGCAUAUCACCUUAAAUCUUGGGGGUGUAAGACACGUUUUCUAGCACUGGCAGAAAUAAAGAAAAAUCCUGUAUGGCAUGCAAGUAUUGUAGUUCAUUUCAACAAGUAUUGGACAGAAUUGGCAUUCAGAUAUUACAAAUGUCUGUUGUUGACUUCAGGUCUGAAUUUCAUAGGCAAAUACUUUGAAUGAGAGUUUAUACCAUUUUGUUACAUGUUUUAAAGGUUAUGGACUAAGUCCAAAUUAUACAUGUCAAAUUUUAAUGCGCUUGAAUUUUGUUAUGUAAACUUUUAUUUUGUGGAGCAGUUUGCAACCAUUCCAUGUUGUACAGUAUUUAUGUAAUUUGUGAAUGUUUUUAUUUAUUUAAUAAUUUAUUAUUGUUUUUGUUUCAUUGAGCUGGCUUUAUUAGGAAUACCCUUCUUUGUUAAAGAUGUGUCUUUAAUUUGAAAUCCAUUUUAUUAGUUAUGUUUUUUGUUUUUUGUUGGAUGAUAAUUUAUUGGGCAAAUUAUUUCAGAUUGAAAUAGUUAAGAUGAAAAUGCAUACCUUUUAACUGUUGUUAAUAACAUAUUUUUGAAUGGAUUAUGGAAACUGAAAUAUAGUUUGGUCAAACCACUUAUAGGUGGUCAGAAAAAGAACCUUAUUGUUAGGGUUCAAUGGGUCAAAGGUCAAGAUUACAGUCACCUUUAGACCGAAAAUGGUUUCUGAUCAAUAGCUGUUAAAUGAUUGCGCCUACAGAAGUUGCACUGUGUAGGAUGGUAGUUUGUGAUCAGUUAGUGGCUCAGGUUAAUUUGAAGGCAGUAGGUCAGAGGUCAUGGUCAUCAUAUUAACCUUGUGAGUGAAAAUGUUUUUCAGUCAAUCACUGUAUAACUCUUAUACCUUCAGUUGCCAGACUUCGUAGAGUGAUUGCAUUAUUGUGUUCAGUAGACGACCCUUUUGAUCCUUGGUCAUUAUUUCAAAGAUCAAGGUCAUUAGGUCUAAGGUCAAGGUCAUGGCAUUCUUAACCCUUACCCCGCUAAAUGUCUGUAAUGAAAUUGUCCAUCUUUCAAAUUGACAGUACCAUUAACUGUUUAAAGGGGUGCUUACCAAAAAGAUACUGCCAGAAUGGUGAACAGUGCAGAUCAUGAUCAGACUGCAUGGACGUGGAGUCUGAUCAUGAUCUAAACUGGUCGUAAAGGCAGAAUCAAUCAUGUCCAGCAUGAUAAGGGUUAAUACUGAAAGUGACCUUCCCAGUUACCUCCAACAGGCCAUGAUGUAUGGCAUAAUUGACACAUUGUGUUUUGUUUAGCAUAAAUUGUUUAGAAGAUUGUUUAUCUUGGAUUUUGUUUACAUCUGCUUUUUUCGCCAUUUCACCUCGGUAUUAUAAACAUGGGCUUACUUUAAAUAUUUCUUCCAAGCUUUCAGUCAUAUGAUACAGGCCUAAAAUACAUUCUCCAGGUUUGUUUUAAUUGUGUAACUUUUUUUUUUGGUAUAGUUUUAGGAAGUCACAGUCAGAGUAAUGAACUAUUUCAUAUUUACUGUUUGUUCUAUCUUUUACAUUGCAGGGCUUUUCCUUGAUUUUUUUUAUAUAAGAUAUUACCAUUGAUAGUAUACAACGUUAUCAAGAACUCCAAGAGGGGUAAUACGUUCUGAUUAAUUUUUCAAAAUAUCUUCAUUAGUUUCAAAUUUAUAGUAAAAAAAAAAACAACAUGGAUCAGUUUUUGCCUUCAGAUAUGAGUAGAUAAUAAAAUUUUCAGGAUGUUAUAGGUAGCAUAAAAUCAACAUAAUUAUUCAUUUUGAAAAUUUAGAAUAAAGUUUCAGAAAAUAUUUUUUUGAAUUUGUUUGUCCUCUUUUUACACUGGGAGGAAUACAUUGAUGGCAGCAAUUUUGACAAUAAUUGUUGAAUGUAUCUUUAGUAAUUAAGGUGAUUUGUGUUCAGUUUAUAUCUGGAUAUUGCAAACUAAAGCCACAAUUCACAUAAAUCUAUAAGAAUUAGAUGGUCAUUUCCCUGAACAGUACUCCUUGCUUAUACAGAUACUUGCACUAGAGUAGAGCUGUGGCAGAUAAAAGUUGAUUUUCCAUUGAUGAAACAUAUCUAUCAUAGAUUGUUCUUGAUUAUAGAAAGCUAUUCACAGAUGUUUGAAAUAAAAUUGAAAUUUUAAAAUAUUUUUAAGAAGGUUAUAUAUAAAAUAUAUUAUAAUUAUGAAUUCUUUUGUCAGUAGAAUAAAUGUCAUGACUUUUUUAUUUGUAUAUAUUUGAUAAAAGGUUUUACUUUCGAUCUUGUUUUUGUUAAGAUAUUCCUGGGAUUGUAUCGAUAUAAUGCCAGGAUAUGCAUUGUAUGUCAGUUUGUGAGAAAGCAGAGGUAUUGAAAAUCUUCGCUUCGCUUGUAAAAAUAUUGCUUUAAAAAUAAUUCAUCCAUUUUGGAAGCUGUAAAUGUUGCAUGAACAGAUUUACAUGUGGUUUGUCAGCUACAGUACUGUAAAAGCAUAUAUUUUCGUUCGGUCAGAAUUUCACGAAAUUGAAAUUUUGAGUAUCUUCGUGAGGUUUAAUAUUCACGGAAUUGUAAAAAUACUAAUAGUAUACUUAAAUUUGAAUUAUACUAAUGGUGAAUAUUUAUGUGAGGAUUAAUUUUCGCAACAUGUAGUGCCUCGGAAAUUUAGUGAAAAUUAAGCCCUUGCGAAAAUUUCUGCUUUGACAGUACACAAAAGUCAGUAAGAGUCCUUGUUAUUUAUUCAUGAAAAGGGUGAAAACAUUAGUUAUAUUUUUGUUAAUGUGUUUACAUUUUCACUGUUGUUGAUUUAUUCUUAAGAUUAUGUACACGAUGGGAACUCAAAAUAAAAGAGAGAAACUAAAAUUGA